AUGUUCGGUUCACUUUUAGAGUUGAGCGAUAACUUCUUUGCUUAUAAUUUAAAAUAUUUGUUUUUUGUUGGAUUAUGGCCGGACGAUCCUUGGGCCAAGGAGAACCCAACUCUGUACAAAAUGUACGAAAUAACUACACACAUACUGUCAGUUAUUUUCUUGAUCACUACCGGCAUCGGGACCUACCAAAUAAAGGACGACGUAGUUCUGCUCAUGACCAAUUUGGACAAGUGUUUGGUAGCGUACAAUUUUGUCGCGAAAGUAGCCAUUUUCGUUUCCAAACGCAGGCAAGUUGAGAUUCUUAUUUCGGAGAUUGUUAAUUCUGGCGAUCAGAUAGCUGAAGAACGUAAAAAGAUGAUGUUGACGAUGAUCGUAGUUAUAACUGGAUUUUGUACAUCUAUAGUGGCUGCAUUUAGUGCUUUAGCUUUGUAUCACAACGAAUUAUCUGUGGAGGCUUGGAUGCCUUUUGACCCGAUGGAAAGCAAGAUGAACUUGUUGACGGCAUCUCAACUGUUGGCUAUAACCAUUGUGGUCCCGGUGAUUUGGCGAGCUAUAGCUAUGCAAGGGAUCGUUUGCAGCAUAAUUAUGUACUUGUGCGAUCAGCUGGUUGAAUUGCAAGAAAGGAUCAGGUCGCUGGAGCUCAGUUCCAUGACUGAAAGAGCUGUGAGAGAGGAAUUUAAGGAUAUUGUUAAAAAACAUGUUCGGUUGAUGGGGUACAGUCAAGAUAUGAAUAAAAUAUUCGAAGAGUAUUUCUUGAUCCAGAACUUAGCAGUCACUUUAGAAUUAUGUCUCAAUGCUCUGAUGGCCACAAUGGUUGGUUUCGAGCAAAAAACUCUGUUGGUUACUUUCUUUGCCUUUUUAUGUGUCGCGUUGAUGAAUGCAUACAUUUAUUGCUAUUUGGGUAAUGAGAUGAUUAUUCAGAGUGGAAAUAUUGCUUUGGCGGCAUACGAGUCUUCGUGGAUAUCUUGGCCACUGGACUUGCAGAAAGAUCUGGUGAUUCUCCUGAGAGUAGCCCAGAAACCGCUGUAUUUGAGUGCUGGAGGCAUGGUCGCCAUGUCUAUACAGACUUACAGCCAGACGCUGUAUAAUGGCUACUCAAUUUUUGCCGUAUUAAACGACGUCGUCGCUUAA